AUGGUUGUGACAUUGGCUUUUUCAACCAAGGUGGCGCUCACGUUCGGUGCUGUGGUUGGCGGCACCGUGGCUGUUAUGGCUAACAAGGAUAAGAUCCUAGAGGUGUUUGCAGAGUUGUUUGAGAAAGGGGCCGAUUUCUGCAACGAACAUAUAGAAAAGAAUAAGAUUCAGAUGGCGGCUCAUUUGAACGAUGGCGAGUUUGAUUUUGACAGGGAAAGGCCUGAAGAAAGGGCACAUCCUGAGGAGGCCGCCAGAAGACAGAGAAGUGAAGAGACAGACGAGACAGACGACAAUGAGUCUGACCCUUCAGGGCCUGAAAAUAGCGAAACAGAGGGCAUUUUGACGGAUGAUUGGGAUAUGGACGGCUGGCAGCUGGCGCAUUUAUCUGAAUCUGACUUUACAGAGAGUUAUGAUGAAAUCGACUCUGAGCUGGUCUCGAGGGUGACUUCGUCGGGGGAGGCUACCAGGAGGACGUCGAGGGUUUCAGAGGGUUCGUCGUCGUCGUAUGUGAGGAUGUAA